CACACACACAUACAUACACAGAGUCAGCUGUUCUGAGCUAUGUCAGAAGAUGCCGGAUACAGUUGUAGUGGAAGGACAAGUUAAAUUCAGAGAUGGGAAAAAGUGGAAGAGUCGUUGGGUCGCGUUGCGGAAGCCGUCCCCAGUCGCAGGGGAGGGGGGGCGAGCAUGGGACGCUAGGCUGAGAUACAGCCUGGGAGAAGUCCACAGGUUCAGUGUAGGCGUUCAGCCAGGAACUAAGCUAGAGAGUGGUCCCGCCUCCCUGCACCUGUGCAACAACCUACUGGUCCUCACUAGGGACCUCCCCCCGGCCGUGAUUGGCCAGUGGAAGCUGUCAGACCUGCGUCGCUAUGGCGACGUGCCCAACGGCUUUGUGUUUGAGGGCGGCACUAGAUGUGGAUACUGGGCUGGUGUGUUCUUCCUGUCCUGUUCAGAAGGAGAGCAGAUCAGUUUCCUGUUUGACUGUAUAGUCAGAGGCAUCUCUCCUAGUAGAACACCUAGUGGCCUCAGACCUAACCUACCAGAUCCCAGUGCUAGCCGGUCCUCCUCAGAGGAGAGGAUCAACCAUGAAACAUCGGAUCUAGAGAGAAGACUCAGCAUGCUGUCUCACAGCAGUAGACAGAGCAGUACAGCCUCCACCUCCAGUUACAGCACCUCCAUUGCCGGGACGACCGCAGCAGUAUCUCUUCCUCUUCCUCCAGCCAAUCAGACGCCAGCUACGGAAGCCACUUCCCUUUAUGGCCAGGGCCAAAACGCCCCACUUCCUCAACCGAGACCCUGUCGGCCCCUCCCACUGCGAGGUCCUCGACCAAUCUGGACGAGGAUCUCUAUAACUGUCAUGAACCGCACUCCUUUCAAACCGCCUUCCCACCUUCGCAGUCUCCACGACAGCGGGCGCCAAAGCUCGUUGGACAGCGGGAUAGGCGUCGCCACGACCAGCAGCCAAUCGUCUUACUCUGGGAGCUUCUCUUCCUGUACGGGCAGCCUGGACACAGCCAGUCAAGGAGGAGGGGAGGAGUUUGGGUCUGUCCUUAGUCUACCUCCCCCUCUUCUCUCUCUGCCUCCUCUUUCUCUACCUCCCCCUCCUCCCUCUCUACCUCCUCCUCCUCCACCCAGUCUACCUCCUCCACCUCCUCCUCUGUCCUUAAGGACCCCUGAGCCCGGCCCUCUCUCCCCCCCUACUCCCGGCUCCUGCCUCCCGUCUUGCUCCUCCUCCUCCAGGACUAGUGGUUGUAGCUCUGGCGCCCCGUGGUGUCAGAGUGAGGAGUACCAGGCACCCAGCCUUCUCAGACUACAGUAUGACAGCCCCAGGAACCUCCUGCACACCCUGGCCUUCAAGGAUCCUCCACCCCAGGGAGGAGCACCCGAACUGGGCAGGGACAGGCGGCUCGGUGGGGAAGGACAGAUCCAGGGGCAUGAGUGUCCUUCCCUUCCUUCCACACCCACUGAGGCCUCUCCCCAGUGGGUAGAGACCCUGAGGCAGGCCCCCGUAGAAAGUCCCCUGUGCUGGAGCAGUGAGAGGGCGCCCCCUGUGGACAGUGGUGAUCGGUGCAGCAUCAUGUCCGCUCGGCUCACACCCAGACCUCUGCUGUUACCUGGCUGUCCAGUGUGUGGAGGAACGCAGACAAACAGCCCUUCACAUUCAGGGCUUUCCCCAACACCAGAUCCACCACCCCAAUGUAGAGAGGUGGGGCGGGGUGAGGCGGGCCUCUCUCACCCUCUAGAACCCUCCUAUUCACCCCCACCUCCCCACGGCACGAUGACGCCAAGCAGACAGACCUCAGUCUCUGGCGGGAGAAUCUUUAAGUUUCCUCCGGAUGCUUCUGCCAUGAUGAUGUCAUCAGUCCUGGACAGGCGUCACCACACCGACCCCAGUGUGAACUACGUCAACAUCCCCGUUAGCCCUGCGGCUAAAGCUAACAGAGCUGGCAGAGAGCUGCUGUACAUGGAGCUGGAUCUACAGCCAGAGCCCUACGGUGGGCCAGUUUCCACCAACAUCACUACAGCGAGGGGUAACCCUGUGCAGCUGCGCAGACCCAGUAAGAACACCAACCCCUCUCAGAUGGCCAUUUUAGAUAGGUGUUUACGGCUCUCCAUGUUGGCUCAAGUGUUUUGCUGGCAGUUUGGCUGGCUGGCAGGUUGA